AGCUGCCUGCCUCUCUCCUCCCUCCCACCAUGUUGCUCAAGGCUGCUCCCCUCUUGCUCCUGCCUCUCGCUGCUGCGGCGGGUGGCAUCCACAAGCUCAAGCUCAACAAGAUCCCCCGCACCCCCAGCAGCCCCGAGCUGGAGGCCGCGUACCUUGCUGAGAAGUAUGGUGGCAACCAGCAGCAACAGCCCAUCUUCGGCGCUGGCGGCGUUGGUCGCAAUGUCCGUCUCGCACGCCCAACACACAGCGAGGACGGCGAGGAGCUGCUCUGGACGCAGGAGGAUGUCCUCCAGGGCGGUCACAGCGUGCCCCUGAGCAACUACCUCAAUGCGCAGUACUUCGCUGAGAUCACCCUCGGCUCGCCUCCCCAGUCGUUCAAGGUCAUUCUCGACACUGGCUCGAGCAACCUCUGGGUGCCCAGCAGCAAGUGCACCUCCAUCGCGUGCUUCCUCCACGCCAAGUACGAGUCGGGCUCGUCGUCGACCUACAAGGCGAAUGGCACAGAGUUCUCAAUCCAGUAUGGCUCGGGCUCCAUGGAGGGCUUCGUGUCGCAAGACACGUUGACCAUUGGUGACAUCACCAUCAAGCACCAGGACUUCGCCGAGGCAACCAAGGAGCCUGGACUCGCGUUCGCGUUCGGCAAGUUCGACGGCAUCCUUGGCCUUGCCUACAACACCAUCUCGGUUAACCACAUCACGCCUCCCUUCUACAGCAUGAUCGACGAGGGUCUUGUUGACUCACCAGUCUUCUCCUUCCGCCUCGGCUCGUCUGAGGCUGAUGGUGGCGAGGCCAUUUUCGGCGGUGUUGACGUCGCCGCAUACAGCGGUGACAUCCACUACGUUCCCGUGCGUCGCAAGGCAUACUGGGAGGUCGAGCUUGAGAAGGUUGCCCUGGGCGAUGACUCGCUUGAGUUGGAGAACACUGGUGCCGCCAUCGACACUGGUACUUCGCUGAUCGCGCUACCCACUGAUAUGGCGGAGAUGAUCAACACCCAGAUCGGAGCGACCAAGUCCUGGAACGGCCAGUACACCGUGGACUGCGCUAAGGUGCCGGACCUUCCGGACCUCACUUUCACGUUCGACGGCAAGGACUACGCACUGAAGGGCACCGACUACAUCCUGGAGGUGCAAGGGACGUGCAUGUCAUCGUUCACUCCCAUGGACAUCCAGAUGCCUGGCGGCGGUUCUCUCUGGAUCGUCGGUGACGUCUUCCUCCGGAAGUACUACACGGUGUACGACGUCGGCAAGGACGCUGUCGGCUUUGCCAAGGCAAAGUAAGCCGUUAGACGGGCGCAGGGUGGCUGAGCAACGGCUAGAUUCGCUUUGGUUCCCCUCCCAGUUUCGUUUGUUUGACACGAGCCUCCUGUACUAUAACUCUCGCAAGUGUUAUCGCACCAUCGCAUACGGAUGUCCUUUAAUGUUACACGAUCCAUGACAUGGACCC